AUGGAUCGCGGCUCUGUCGUGAGAUCCGCCAAUCAGAGCAAGCCAACCCCGCCCAAAGCCUCACCCCACCUUGGUCAGCCAUUGUUUGUUUACGCUGCUGAGUCUGCUGUUGCUCCGCUCACACCCAUCGAUGACAUGCAUAUUUGCGUGCAUGUCUGUCUGGAUCUAGCAGCCCAACUAUAUGGAUUUCCCUAUCCACAGUACCCAGCCCCUCAUCUUGUCAGGGGACCCGAGGUGGCCUGCAUAAUUGACGGCAAGCAAGCCUGCUGUCCAGAGAAUGAAAUUCCCCUAGGCCCAUUAUCCCCGGUCGGUGGAGAGGACGGAGAGGGGGAAGAAGGCAGUGACUCCCAAUCAGACGGUGACGGUGAUGGUAUAACCCAACGGUACGAAUCCAAGCCCGAAAGGAAGGUGUGCAAAGCCGGCGAGAAAGGGAAGCUCUACAGGCCCGAGAUGCAAACCAUGGUCAAUGGCCAACUCGUCGCCAAUGUCGGGGACAAUCUCGUCUUAUCCAAGAAGGAUUCGUCCAGGCAAGAUCAGCAAAUGACCUUCCGGCCCUCCGGUGGGGGCUAA